AUGUCCUCCGGAAGGAACGCAUACCCGCCUCUCAUACAGGGCCGAACGUACAAAUUCUACAUCAGAAAACAAAAUAAAUGGUACGUCGGCCAAUUGGAGACAACGUUGGAAAGUGCGGACGGCACGCGCGCUUCGUUUGUUUUCGGCGACGGAAAGAAAAAAUGGGUCAAAUUCACUGACUGCCACGAAUCAAACGAACCUCUUUCCGCGAUUUCCCCUCCUAUGGACCAGCCCGUGCUGCCCCGGCUCACUUAUGGCACUCCCGCGACCCCUCAGUCCGCGGAUCCAUUUCCUUUCGCUGGCGCCUACAUUCCGAACAACCCGGCUGGUCAGGCUGCUCCUGUCGGUCAGCGUGUUGGGUAUUCCGUGUCCCCGCCCGGCGCUGCGGGUGGGAGACACGGUCCCGGAAAUGGCCCAGGUCAGUACGCUGGCGCACCCGACGCAGCCGGUCGCGGUAUCCCUCCCCAGGGCGCACCGUACACCGGCCAGUACACCGGCGCACCCGGCGCACCCGGUCCCGGAUUCCCUGGCCAAGGCGUGCCGUACUCCGGCAACGCAGCCCCAGGCCAAGGUGGGCCGUACUAUGGUGUUCCUCCGGGCCAAGCUGCGCCGUACAAUGCCGCACCUGGCUUCCAGGGGAACCCUGCCUACGGCCAAGGCAACGCCGCCAUGCCGCCACCCGGUUUUAUGCCGCCCUACUACGGGAUGGCAGGCAAUGCUGCUGCGCCCGGCCAUGGGUCCAACUACUACGGCACCCCCGGCGCUGGACCGUCCAACGCCCAAGGCUAUGGAGAUGGAGGCUACGCGCCUCCGAGUCCCACGAAUCCCCCUGUACGAGUAGGAUGA